GCUCGCGCCACGUCAGAACUACAAACUGUUAACAUCAUUGUUGAAUAGUGAAGAAUAGUCUGUCUGCCUGCACCUUCUCUUUGUUGUCGCGAUGUUGUAUUUGUCACUCACCUGUUUGCUGCUAUUGUGUGGUGCAUGUGUGGUGUCUGGGACUGAGAUCACAUUUGAACUGCCUGACAAUGACAAGCAGUGUUUCUACGAGGAGCUGGAGAAAGACGUGAAGUUUGACAUAGACUUUCAAGUUAUUUCAGGGGGCAACUAUGAUGUGGACUGCUUCGUCACAGAUCCUCAUGACAAUGCCUUGUAUAAUGAGAAGAAGAAGCAGUAUGACAGCUUCUCUCACACCACAACUAUGAAGGGAGUCUACAAGGUUUGCUUCAGCAAUGAAUUCUCCACUUUUACACACAAAGUAGUGUAUCUGGACUUCCGCCACGGGAAUGAGGAACCCAUUCUGGACAGCAUGAAAAGAACCACAGCUCUGACUCAGUUGGAGUCGUCUUGCGUCGCCAUUCAUGAGAUCCUGAAGGUGGUGGCUGACUCGCAGACAUGGUACAGGCUGAGAGAGGCGCAGGAUCGCACAAAAGCAGAGCACCUGCUGGAGCGCGUCACCUACUGGUCCAUCGGAGAAACCGUCCUGUUGUUUGUCAUCGGCAUCGGUCAAGUCAUGAUGCUGAAGAGCUUCUUCUCUGACAAGAAAGGCUCUGUGGCAGCUACCACUUAAACCAAGGUCUCAGUGUGCCAUAAGAAACUCAAGUGGAAGCUUGCUAAUGUGAACACAUAUUGUUAGUAUUUUCAUCAAAGCCAAUGGUAAAUGGAUAGAUCAAGGAGUUUUCACAUUCCUGUCGGGCAAAACUUGAAUUCAGGUUUUACACAAGUUGUUUUCAUUCAACAACUUUCUACUGAAAAGAAACCCCACUCACGUCUGUGUUUAAAAUGCAGUUGACAUCUUUCAGCCUUUAGAGACUUUAUUUUUAUAGAGGUGGACGAGAUGGCAUGUUUAUUUUGAUCUGCCUAUUAAGUAGCCUAGUUUCACUUAUAAAAGCAGCUUUGUGGAUUUCUGUCAUCUGUAGUAGUAUCACACAUAAAAACCAAAGAGGAA